GUCAUUACUUUUAAAAAUAUAAAAGUUGAUGUUAAAACCACUGUCGAUUGAGUACUUCCUUUUUGAAUUAAAUUUCAACUAUUUCUGUGUAAUUUUCUUUCAAUUUAGAAUUGUUGUUGGUAGUGGUAUAGUGGUCCUGCGGAAAGACUGGUGAGCUGGUUGUAAUUGGAAUGUGGACAUGCUGAAUAAUUUUUCUUGUUACUUUUUUAAUUUGUCUUGGAUUUCUUGGCUGGAGAGCCUAGAUAGCAUUGGCCGCAGUGGACUAAAAAAGAAGUUUGGUUAUAUUGUUGUUUGAAAUUUUCCGUUUUGAAUUUCAAAAAUAAAAAUGGAUUUGAUUGAAACCGCUAGAAAAGCCUAUAGUGAACCUUUUUAUGUGAAAGACUUUUCCGAACAUGGACAAAUUUUACACAUCCAGUUUUCACAAUUUGAAUGGUCCCAAGACAUAUUGCUUAUAGGUUUCAAAAAGAAGAUUUUAUUGGCUCACCUGGAUCUAAUCGAUACCAUCGAGUUGAGAAUUGUUACAGAAUUUUCUCAUCCAGCAAGAUGUACAACCCUUAGUAUAUCUCCAGACACAUCACUGAGUACUUUGCCUAAUCGAGUUAUAUUCUGUGUAGGAGGCAAUGAUUUUAAAAUUCGAAUUAUCACUAGCGAUUUGUCUGAAAGUAAUACUUGUUUGGUAAUAGGUAAACACUCGAGCUACAUUAAUGACACUAUGUUUGAUCCUGAAAAUAAUUAUUUAGCUUCUGCAAGUGAUGAUAAUACCGUAAAAAUUUGGUCUACUGAUGAUUACAAAUUGAAGUCCACUUUCAAUUUAACUUCACCUGGAAUGAAUGUGUGCUGGCACAGGUCAGAUGACUGUAAGCUUCUUGUUGCUGAAAAAAUCGGCAUUAUUAGGUUUUAUAAUGUCGAUAGUGAGACUCCCAUUAUAUCUAUCGAUUAUAGCAAGCCACUGUCUAGUGUACAUUGGGCGCCGUCAGAUAGAGAUCUAAUAGCAUCAUUGCAACUUGGCGAACUUCUCAUAUGGGACUUAACAAAACCAUGCUUACCCAUUCACAACAACCUACUUUUUACAGAAAAUGGCGGAAAUGUGAAAUUUUCUCCUCAGGGAGAACUUAUUGCUGCCGUGAAUAGUUUGGACAGAACCUUGAAAAUUGUUCAUGUUAGGAGUCAAGCUGGAAAACUUACUGCUAGCGUGACAUUACCUACCAAUGUUUGCUGGCAUUAUAGAUACCCUUUAGUUUGUAUCGGGGAUGAUUACAAAUUAUGUUUUUGGAAGGUUUCUGCUAAAUAACAAAGUUUUAUUUAUAGGUGAAUUUUUUAUUGCAUUUCAUCAGAUAUUAUCUUCUUUUGAUUGUAUCACUGUGAAUCUUUCCAUCGCAUUUUGAAUUUGUUUUUGCUGAAAAACACACUUUUCUGUUUGAAAUUAGAGUUUUAUUUCAUCUGUA